CACCCUGUCAAAUUAAGAUAGCCGACCAUCCGCCGGCUGUGAGAGUGCUGGCUCAUCUUAGCUGUUGUUAGAUUUCUCAUUCUUUGUACAUAAAUUAAACAUUUCACGGAUUAUUGUUAAUUUUUUUCCCCUCCCACAGAUCUGUUGGUGGCAAUGGCUGAUCCUAAAUACGCAAAUUUACCUGGAAUUGCUUUUAACGAGCCAGACGUGUAUGAGACCGGUGACCUGCCAGAAGAUGACCAGGCUCAGUUUGAGUCGUUUAUACAAGAGCUGGAGGAGCUGUGCAGUGACAGCGUGGAGAGGAUUGUGGUCAAUCCCAACGCCGCCUAUGACAAGUUCAAAGACAAGCACGUCAGCACCAAAGGACUUGACUUUUCAGACAGAAUCAGCAAAAGCAGACGAGUGGGAUAUGAGUCAGGAGAAUAUGAAAUUUUGGGGGAAGGCUGUGGUGUGAAGGAAACACCCCAACAGAAGUACCAGCGACUGGUGAAUGAGAUUCAGGAACUGACGCAGGAGGUGGACGCCAUUCAGGCUGCCACAAAGGAAAGCAAUGCCGAGGAGCGGCUGACACCUGUGGUACUUGCCCAGCAGGCAGCCCAGCUUAAACAGCAGCUGGUGUCAUCUCAUCUCGACUCACUGCUGGGGCCACAGGCACACAUCAACCUGGCAGACCCAGACGGGGCUUUGGCCAGGCGUCUGCUCACUCAGCUGGAGGUGGCCAAGGGCAGCCGCAGCAGCGCUGCAGGAGACAAGCAGGCAGCAUCAGCUAAGGGCCCAGAUGGAGUGGUACUAUACGAGCUGCACAGCAGACCAGAGCAGGAAAAAUUCAAUGAGUCUGCCAAGAUGGCGGAGUUAGAAAAGCGCCUGGCUGAGCUGGAGAGCACUUUUGGCUCAGCAUCAGACAAGCAGGGUCCUCUGACUGCUGGGUUACAUGGAACUAGUUUGAUGGAGACCAUAGAGGUCCUGCAGGCGAGGGUCAGUGCACUAGAUUCCGCAACUCUGGAUCAAGUAGAGGCCAGAUUACAGAGUGUUCUUGGGAAGAUGAAUGAGAUUGCUAAACACAAAGCAGCCAUUGAGGACGCGGAUACACAAAACAAGGUGUCACAGCUUUACGACAUGGUGCAGAAGUGGGAUGCCAUGGCCACUUCUGUACCUCAAGUGGUGCAGAGGCUCGUCGCCGUCAAAGACUUGCAUGAACAAGCAAUGCAGUUUGGCCAGCUGUUGACUCACCUGGACACCACUCAGCAGAUGAUCAACAACUCUCUGAAGGACAACAGCACCCUGCUCACACAGGUGCAGCAGACGAUGAAGGAAAACCUGGUGGCGGUAGAAGAAAACUUUGCUGCACUGGAUCAGAGGAUGAAGAAGCUCUCCAAAUAAACUGUUGAAUCUCGACCAGUCGACGACAGAACAUGGACAGACAGAAGUGGGACAGGGAGCUCACGUCUUCCACUUCUGCCUUUUUCAUAAAGUGGGAUGUUAGAAAUAAGGAAAGCUGAAAUAUCACAAAAAUGAGACCAAAUGUUCUUGUCCACCAUCUUUUCUUCUUACUUUUUUCUCACAUCACACAGAAAAACACAACUCAUUUGUCCACAUGUGUAAUCGUGUCCUCUAAGAAACCGUUUGACUGGAUUUUAUAAUUGUUAAAUAAAUUGUUCCCUUCGGUAUCUGACACUAUUCCUCAAUUUUCACUGUACACAUGGAGCAGUAACGUUUGCUUCAUGAUGCAUUCAGGGCGUCGUCAACCGUGUACAAAAAUAUUGUCGUCUUGUGUUCAGGGAGGGGGGAACUCUGUAAAUAUGUCUGUACCUUAUUGUUUGUUCACACUCAGUCACUUGUACCUAUAAAUAUUACGACUGAGGCCACAGACAGACUUUUAUUCUGCUUAAGUCAAUGCUAACAAGACAACUGUACACCUCAUCUGUGGUUAUGGAAACCCAUGAAUAAAACAAAAACAAAUGGUCCUGCUUCCUUCUUACACAUUUGUCUGUGUGGCUACAACAAAAAGUUUAAAUGU